AUGCUGAAAGUCCCCUCGCUCUCCUCCAAGCCCUUGGAGGAUUUGCCCAAGAAGCUCAAGGAGAACUUGGCCAUGAAGCUGGAGAAGUUGUCGCAGACCUUCCCCAUGAUGGAACCCAGCUGGGUUCCUCACCACUUAGCAGGAAAGAUCCAAGAUGUGCAUUACGUACGGAACUUCUUGGAGCCCAAACAGGUGGAAGAGUUCGAACGGAUCAUCGACCGGACCUGCGACUGGGAGAAGAUGCAGACCCGUGACACGCAAGAGUUCGGCUCCUCAGGGACGUGCCCCUGUGGGAGGAGUCUGCUACGCGCAGCGUUGCCUCCGUGGCAGAGCACCAUGGUGGACGCCCUGGGCAGUCUCGGCGCCUUCCAUCCAGUUUUGUUCCCCGCGAACAGCGUUCGCCUGAAUGCUUAUAAACCUGGGCAAGGGAUCCAUCCGCACUUGGAUGGCCCGGUCUAUUUUCCUCGGGCCGCCAUCGUGAGCUUGGGCUCCCACUGCAUCUUCGAUUUCUAUCCCCGCAUGGGCGAGCCUGAGGAGCAUGGCUUCUCAUGGGAUCGCGACAAGGAAGUCCCAUCCAGUCCUCAGAUGCCUCCAGGGACGAAGCCACAGUUGAGUUUGCUGCUGGAGCCUGGAAGCUUGCUGGUCCUGUCGGGUGAUGCUUUCACCUACCACAGGCAUGGAAUCAAGGCAGUGGAGGAGGAUGAAAUCACUGCGGAGGUGAAGAAUGCCAAGGACAUUGGCCUCUCCGUGGGAGACUCUUUGAGACGAACACGGAGGAUUUCCCUGACCAUCCGACACUUGUUGCCACGCUGCAAUUGCAGCCCGGUCUUUUAG